AUGGCGUCUCUAGCCCUCCGCCCCAUCAUACCGGCCACCGCCGCUUCAUCCACGACCCUCGCGGUCGUGGUUGGCUCCCGCUCCCGCUCCCGCUCCCGCCACGCUGCCACACUCCACCGCGGCUUUCGCCCGCGGCGCCUCAUCACCUGCAAGGCGGAGCCGAGCGGCGGCGACAGCACUCUGGAGCUGGCCGCAGGGGCCGCCGGGCUGGCAUCGAGCGCGGUCGUGGCGUGGUCCCUCUACACGCUGAAGACGACGGGGUGCGGCCUCCCUCCAGGCCCCGGCGGCGCCCUCGGCGCGGCGGAGGGGGUCAGCUACCUCGUCGUGGUGGGCCUAGUCGGGUGGUCCGCCACCACCAAGGUGCGCACUGGGUCGGGCCUCCCGGCCGGCCCCUACGGGCUCCUCGGCGCCGCUGAGGGCGUUGCCUACCUCACCAUCGCGGCCAUUGCCGUUGUCUUCGGCCUGCAGUUCUUCCAGCAGGGGUCCAUCCCGGGUCCGUUGCCAUCAGAGCAGUGUUUUGGUUGA